CCUUCCCAUGUGCCAAUGCUAAACCCGUGACAAUAUUCCUCCUUAGCACGCUUCAGUCUCCUCCACGCGUGUUAACUCUUACCUCCCUCGCAUGCUCGCACGUUUCAACGUCCCAACUACUUUUCUCUCUCCUCUCGCCGGAAUUCUCAUCGGAAAUUCCCGAAUUGUCCUCGCUGACUCCUCCUGCUCCUUCACCGAUGUCAUAAAACGCCACCGUUUCUCCGGUUGCCUAGAGAGGCCAAACUCAUCUUCCCGGAGACUAGAGUCAGUGUACUGCGAAAAUUUAGAGCUUAUUUUGCAAUGCUGUGUGAAAAAGAGACUACUUUCAUCGAUAUGGCUAGCUGUUUCAUCCAAGUAUUCGUUGAGAAGGACAUAUUGUUAACUUUUGUCUAGCUAAUAUUUAAUCUUUAAAAAGAUGAAUGUGGCCACGGAUAUGCAAAAGUUGAUUAGAAGUAGUGAAGGUGAUGAAGAAGAAGAGAUGGAUAUGGAUGCACAGGAAGAAGAUGAUGACGAAGAAGGUAAAAACAUGGCAGCUGCCAUGAUGGUCAAUAUGGAUGGAGGAAUUGCUACGAGCAGCGACAGUCAGUUUCAGUAUCACCCCCAAAUCCAAGAAGAGGCAAACAGUCAGGGAGGAGUUGCUAAAAGGCCGAGGCCAUUAGAGGAGAAGGAGAGAACAAAGCUGCGGGAGCGGCAUAGGAGAGCUAUUACGGCUAGGAUCUUGGCUGGGCUUCGUCGCCAUGGGAAUUACAAUCUUAGGGUCAGAGCUGACAUAAAUGAUGUGAUUGCAGCUUUGGCAAGGGAAGCUGGCUGGGUUGUGCUUCCAGAUGGCACUACAUUUCCUUCACAAUCUCAGGAUUCAAGGCCUUCUGGUGAACCUUCAAUACCAGCUGCCGUGCCCUCUUCGCAAAUGUUGCCCCAGCAGACUCUGUCUGCUUCCUUCAAAGGUGUAUGCCCUGGCUAUCAAAACUCAGUGGAAUAUGAUACAUGUCAAAUGAAAGGUGUUUCUGUGCCUACUGCAUCUCCUUAUGAUGUAUCUUCCAGUCCACAUUCCCAUGCAUCCUCCACUGUAGGUAGUAGGGGAGAAAGAAUAGACAAUCAUCUUCAUAUAAGUAGCUCUGUGGAUAUCGUUGCUAACAAACAGGUGCACUAUCCCAUCCUUUUUACCCCUCCCCCCAACAAAAUAAAAAGAAGAAGAAAGGUGGUUGAUUCCGUUGAUCCCUCCUCAAGGUUACAUGAGCAUGACUUUGCUGGCACUCCAUAUAUUCCAGUUUAUGUAAUGCUACCAUUGGGAGUCAUAAAUAUGAAAUGCGAGCUUACUGACCCUGAUGGGGUGCUGAAGCAGCUGAGGAUUUUGAAAUCAAUUAGUGUUGAUGGUGUUAAGGUUGACUGUUGGUGGGGAAUAGUGGAAGCUCAUGCUCCGCAGGAGUAUAACUGGAAUGGUUACAAAAGACUCUUCCAAAUUGUAAAAGAUCUCAAACUUAAAUUACAGGUUGUGAUGUCAUUUCAUGAAUGUGGAGGCAACUUUCGCGAUGAUGUUUGUAUUCCUUUGCCCCUUUGGGCGACGGAGAUUGGUCGUAGUAACCCUGACAUAUAUUUCACUGAUAAAGAGGGACGAAGAAAUUCUGAAUGUCUUUCAUGGGGAAUUGAUAAAGAGCGGGUGCUAAAAGGUCGAGCUGCUUUCGAGGUCUAUUUUGAUUUCAUGCGAAGCUUCCGGAUAGAGUUUGAUGAGUUCUUUGAAGAUGGUAUCAUUUCCAUGGUUGAAGUUGGACUUGGUCCAUGUGGCGAUUUGAGGUACCCCUCUUUCCCAGUUAAGCAUGGCUGGAGAUACCCUGGCCUCGGUGAAUUCCAGUGUUAUGAUCAGUACAUGUUGAAAAGCUUACAGAAGGCAGCUGAAGCCAGAGGACACUCGUUUUGGGCUAAAGGGCCAACUAAUGCUGGUUUCUACAACUCACAGCCCUAUGAGACCGGAUUUUUUUGUAAUGGAGGUGAAUACGAAGGCUAUUAUGGCAGGUUCUUUCUUAAAUGGUACUCUCAAGUCCUAGUUGAACACGGUGACCGGAUACUUUCUUUGGCCAAGCUAGCUUUUGAAGGAACCUGCAUUGCUGCAAAGCUAUCAGGGAUACAUUGGUGGUACAAGACUGAUAGUCAUGCAGCUGAACUAACAGCAGGGUUCUACAACCCAUGUAACCGUGAUGGUUAUGCUGCGAUGAUGUCCAUGUUGAAGAAGCAUGGAGCUGCGUUGACCUUCACACCUGCAGAAGUGGACUUGUUGGAUCAGCUUGAGAAUUCUUCUGAACCACUUGCCGAUCCUGAAGGACUGGCUUGGCAAGUUCUGAAUGCUGCAUGGGAUGUUUGCAUUCCAGUUUCCAGUGAAAAUUAUGUUCCUUGUCAUAGUAGAGAAGUAUAUAACAAAAUGCUCGAAAAUGCAAAACCCUUCAAUGAUCCCGAUGGACGGCACUUGCUAUCAUUUACAUACCACAGGCUUAGUCUCCAACUCAUGGAAAGACACAAUCUUAUGGAAUUUGAAAGAUUUGUCAAGAAAAUGCAUGGAGAAGCAGUUCUUGACCCCCAGAUAUAAUUGAAGAUAAAUUGUCCGAUUCUUCUGCGGUUGACUGUUGCAGUUUUGGUAUAGUUAACAAAUUGGAUAGGUGAACUCCUUAGUGUAAAUGUCAAACAAACUUCAUGUACAUGAUUUGAUUGGUAAGAAAAGCCGGAUAUUUAGUUAGCUAAGAGAGCUUUUGCUUUGAAGUUUCACAGUAUAUAUUGGUGUAAAGGUUCAUUUCCUUCUGAUUCCAAACAUUCAGUGUGCAUGUUGCUUUUGCAAACAUGAUUCAUUCUGCAUUACUACUAUUCUUCAGUGCGAGAAGAUAACAUUGA